AUGCUCGUUUCACUUGACCAAGUUGCGGACAAGUUUUUUGACUACGUCGUCUGCGGAGGCGGAACUGCGGGUCUCACUCUCGCAGUCCGGUUGAGCGAGGAUCCCAACGUAUCAGUACUUGUAUUAGAAGCGGGCGGAACCCACUUCGACGAUCCUUCUAUUUUGCGUCCCGCAUCAUGGGGGAGUCAUUUCAGUAAUUCUACGCAAAGUUGGAAUUUUCAAACAGUUUCGCAGAAAUCAUCUGGUGACAAACCGUUCCCCUGGUUCAGGGGAAAGGGCCUUGGAGGAAGUUCUUGUAUAAAUUUCAUGUGCUGGCUUAAGCCUCCUGCAGCCGAGAUAGAUGACCUUGAGAGGCUCGGAAACCCUGGGUGGAACUGGACUGACUACCAGAAACAUCUUGACAAGACCGAAGGAUUUAUAACGCCGAGCGUUGAUGUGCAGGAGCGGAACCGUCUGUGCUUCGAUACGUGGAGAAUCGGCACAAAUGGACCUCUCAAGAUUUCUUAUCCAGCACCGAAUGACUUAUUCGAGCUGAAUUUUUCCGUUCGUUUCAUCAUAAAGACCCUGAUCAAUGCGGGCCUUCCUGUUUCGCGUCAACCCUUGAGCGGUGACCCAACAGGUGUCUUCCUCGCUCCCAACACCUAUGAUCCGACUACUCAUACCCGGUCAUAUGUCACGACUGCCCAUUAUCUCCCUCACAAAGAAAGGGAGAAUCUCUCAGUGCUCGUAGACACAUCCGCUAGCCGCAUCCUGACGGACACCACGGGAAACGGCAACACUACUGCAAUUGGGGUACAGUUUGAGUAUGAGAAUGAAACAUAUACCGUAAAUGUGCGCAAAGAAACCAUCAUAUCGGCAGGCUCGAUUCAAUCACCGCACAUACUUGAGCUCUCCGGGAUUGGUCGGAAGGAAGUGCUCGAAAGGAUUGGAGUGCCAAUAAAAGUUGACCUUCCUGGAGUCGGAGAGAAUGUGCAAGAACACAUGUUUGCUGGUGUCUGUUUUGAGCUGCGGGAUGAUAUCGAGUUUGACACAGUUGACCUACUCCGCGAUCCUGAGAUCUUUGCAAAGCAGUUGGAACUACAUGCCACCGGGAGGGGGAUAUUCACCAAAGGGGUCGUGGGAUUUGGCUUCGCGCCCCUGCAGAUGUUCUCUGACAAGGCCGAGGACAUUCACACGAAGAUCGAGGAGAAGAUUGCGAUGAGCAAGAAUAAGUUUCCACCAGGACUGAUGGAACAGUACAAGGUCCAGCUCGAUCGCUUGCACAGGGGCGCUCCUGGUUGCGAAUUCAUUACCAUCCCUGGCCACUUAUCUUCACCGCAUCAACCUGUUGCGGGUAAGAGGUAUAUUACGAUACUUGCCGCAAUGAAUCAUUGCUUCUCGAGAGGCACUAUUCAUUCGGCAUCCGCGGACCCGCAAAAGGACCCCGAGAUGGAUCCACGUUACUUUGAGCAAGAAGUCGAUAUGGAUAUAUUCUGUGAAGUGGUGAAGUUUGCCAGGAAGCUAGCACAGACCUCCCCGUUGAAGGACAUGAUCGUGCGCGAGAUCAACCCGGGCCCAGAGGUACAAGGAGAUGUACAAAUCUGUGACUGGAUCAGGAAUAAUUUCUCGACCACAUGGCAUACGGCUUCAUCCUGCUCUAUGCUGCCCCGAGAGAGUGGCGGCGUGGUUGACCCAGAGCUAAAGGUCUAUGGGACGAAUAAUAUCCGGGUAGUAGACCUGUCCAUAGUGCCGCUACAUUUUGCUGCCCAUCCUCAAGCAACUGUGUACGCUAUUGCCGAGAAAGCUGCAACUAUCAUCAAAACCAACUAUGUCGCGUCAAACAUCGGUGACAAUAUAGUGAUUUGA